UUUAAGUAUAAAAGGUUCUUCUGACUCUGCCACUGAGUUUUGAGUUGCCUCCCAGGAUGGCUUCGAUUUAUCAUGACAUUGGACGGUUUAUGUGUCUCCUGCUUGGCUUGCAAUGGUCUUGCAUCUGGGCUGAGAGUGGAAAGCUGCUGGUCGUCCCUGUCGACGCGAGUCACUGGCUCAGUUUGCAGACCAUAGUGGAGGAGCUUCAUGGGAGAGGACAUCAAAUUGUUGUCAUUUACCCUGAAAACUCUCUGAUGAUUAAACCAUCCCAUUACUACACCAGCAAGACUUACUUCACUCCCUUCAGCAAAGAAGAGGUGGUGCAAAUACACAGAAAUCUGAUACAGAUUGCUUUUUACAAUGGGACCCUUUAUGAAAGAGUUAGGAGUACUUUGGGACAUAUUGGGCAUUACAGGGACUUUGUCCUGACUAACUGUGAGUAUUUAUUUUUUAGUGCAGAGCUGAUGCAAGAAUUGACUGAAGCAAAAUUUGAUGCCAUACUGACAGACCCCUUUUCACCUUGUGGUAUAAUUGUUGCCGAGUACCUCUCUCUUCCAACGGUGAACUUACUGCGAGGCAUUCCUUGUGGUUUGGAAUAUUCAGCCGCUAAAUGUCCGAAACCACUCUCGUAUGUGCCAAGAAUGUUUACAGGAAACACCGACCGAAUGACUUUUCUCCAAAGAACUGUAAACGUGAUUGGCAAUUUUCUAGAAAUGUGGUUGUGUCAUUUUGUGUAUUCACCAUUUGUAGAUUUGGCCGUUAGGUUCCUCCAGAGAGAUGUGACCCUGGUCCAGCUACUGGGCCGGUCUUCCAUCUGGCUACUGCGAUACGACUUCAUCCUGGAGUACCCCAGACCCCUGAUGCCAAACAUGAUCCUUGUUGGAGGCAUCAAUUGCAAGGAGAGGAAACCUUUGCCCCAGGACCUGGAAGACUUUCUGAACAGUUCUGGAGAACAUGGUGUUGUGAUCUUCUCCUUUGGAUCCAUGAUUUCUGACAUGCCAAUCUCGACAGCCAACGUGAUUGCAGAAGCGCUUGGUCAAAUUCCUCAGAAGGUGGUGUGGAAGUACAGUGGAGAAAGGCCCGCGAAGCUGGCACCCAACACCAAGCUCCUGGAAUGGCUGCCACAGAAUGACUUACUGGCACAUCCCAAAACUCGAGCUUUCCUGACUCACGGAGGGACACAUGGAAUCUAUGAGGCGAUCUGCGCUGCUGUACCGAUGGUUAUCAUUCCUCUAUUUGGAGAUCAGCGAGAAAACAUGCUGCAUAUGAUACAUCAAGGGGCAGGGAUUGGUUUGUCUUUGCAAGAUAUUAACUCCCAAGAUCUCGUGGAAGCAAUUACAAAUGUUAUCAAUGAUACCAAGUACAAGGAAACCAUGAUGAAGCUGUCUUCGCUGCACAAGGAUCACCCGUUCAACCCACUGGAGCUCUCUGUCCAUUGGGUUGAGUUUGUAAUGAAGCACAGAGGUGCCAAACAUUUGCAGACUGCAGCUCAAGAUCUGAAUUGGAUCCAGUUCCAUUGUUUGGAUGUCAUCGGCACCCUUCUUGCUGUGACCUUAUUAUUUGUCUACCUAGUGACCAAGUGCUGCUUAGUCUGCCUACGAAAAGUGAAGGGCCACAGGAAGAACAAACUUGACUGAAGAGCCUUCUUAAGAUGAGGCUUCUCCAGGGCAUCUGAUUGUCCGAAGCCCAAAACUUUCCCCCACUGUCAUAUGGCAGACUCAAAUCAUAAUUUUCACAUUCCGCCCCCUUCCAUUUGUAGCUAUACCUCCAACAUCCAAGUUCUGCUUUGCAUUUCUCUCUCAAAAUGCCACUCUCCCCUUCUCUUGUCUUUCCCUUAGCCUCCCUUCCUGCCAGCUUUUGGAGUCCCACCUGAAUACCUACCAACAGCUCAGUGAGGGCUGAUGUUUAUAACUGCUGCUGUGAAGCUCCUUCAGAUGUUUCAUAUUGUUUGAGAUACUGGUGAAACACAAAAUGCUGCUAUAAGACCAUAAGACAUAGAGCAGAAUUAGUUCGUUUGGCCCAUGUAGUCUACUCCACUAUUCAAUCACGGCUGAUUUAUUUUCCCUCUCAGCCCCAUUCUCCUGCUUUUCCUUGUAAGCUUUGAUGCUUGUACUAAUCAACCUCCGCUUUAACUGUAUCCAAUGACUUGGCCUCCGUAGUUGUCAACGGCAAUAAGUAUCAUUAUUACUGUUGCCCCACUAAUGGCAAAAGCUCAUUAGCGGGGCAGCAGUAUGGUCGCAUUGUUUAUUCCAGGGACCAGCUGAUUGCGCUUAUGCCGGCCCGUUUAGCGAACAGAGCGGCGGACACCCCUGCUGAAAUCUGGAGAAAAACACACAGAAGAUGCAGAGGGGGAUCACAAAAGCGAGGAAAGAGGACCGGGUCGAGACAACAGAGACUUAUGGAGAAGAGGAGUUUGGUGGGUAAUAAAAUGGAUGAGUUGACCGCGCUAGCCAGGAAUCAGAGAACAUUUCGGGAGUGCAGUGUUAUGUGUUUUACUGAAACGGGACUGCACGAGGACAUACCCAAUCAAAACUUUGCCAUGGAGGGCUUCCAGACCAUUCGGGCUGACCGGAAGUGCACUGAGAGCGGUAAGCGUAAAGGAGUUGAGGGCUUACUGUUCUGGUUAACAACGGAUGGUGCAAUCCUGGUGAUAUUACGAUCAAGGAACGUGUUUGUAGACCGGAUAUUGAACUUUUUGCCGUUGGACUCCGGCCAUAUUCCACCGAGAUACAACACUGGACGUCACGGGAGGUUGUUCCUGCCUGUGGCCAUUGAACUUUGCAGCUCCUCCCGUGGAGGGUCAGACACCCUGAGCCAAUAGGCUGGUCCUGGACUUAUUUCCAUCUGGCAUAGUUUGCAUAUUGUUGUUUGAUUGUUUGUGGUUUUUGUAUGGCUAUAUUUAUGUUCUAUUCUUGGUUGGUGCGGCUGUAACGAAACCCAAUUUCCCUCGGGAUCAAUAAAGUAUAUCUAUCUAUCUAUCUACCUGGACUGUAGUUAUGUUAAUGAGUUCUCUUCUCAACAGAGAUUCUUAUUUAAGGCAUUAAUGCACUCCUAACAAGAAAUCAUCAGCAAAGUGCUCCAACACAAUGUAUUCUGGGAAAAAUAAGCAAUAUUCUCCAUUUCUCAGUCCACAACAACACCAUAACCCCCACACUGCCCUUGCAAUAAGCAAUACCGUUCUGUUAGCUUUUAAAUAUUUGCCUUAUCUGCUUAAUAAAUUUUUAUGAAUGAUGCACGAGGACACCUAGACCCCUUUGCAUCUCAGAGCUCCGCAAUCCAUCGCCAUUUAAAUGAUAUGCAUUUUUACCAAAAAAAUCCUGUCAAACUGGACAGUCACACAUUUUCUUGCAUCGUACGAGGGGUGAUUGAUAAAUUUGUGGCCUAAGGAAGAAGGAGUCAAUUUUAGAAAACCUAGCACAUUUAUUUUU